AAUUGGACCAGUGGAAAUGAUGAUAUUGAUAAUUUAAUAAAAGAUAUUCAAACAUCAGCCUAUAGUAAACAUAUUUUAGAAUGGAUUCCAUAUAACAAAUUUAUUGAUGUUCAUAUGAUAGAUUCGGGAGGUUUUGCUAAAGUAUAUUCGGCCAUUUGGAGAGGUGGGCGAAUUGAAAAAUGGGAUCAAGAAUUUAAUAAUUGGAAAAGGUCCGGUUCUUUUCAAGUUGCUUUAAAAGUAUUAAAUGAUUCAAAUAAUCUAAGCGAAGAUUUCCUAAAUGAGUUGAAAUUUUUAAAAAAAUUUCCUACUUCAUAUUAUAGUACUUAUGUAGUAGAAUGUUUUGGAAUUACACAAGAACCUAGUACUCUUAAUUAUGCAUUAGUACUUAAAUUAAAAGAAGGUAGUUUGCGCUCUUAUCUUGAUAAAAAAUAUAAAGUAUUGACACUUAAAGACAAAUUAGAUAUUAUAUCAAAAAUUUGCAUGGGGCUUGAUUGUGUUCAUAAUCAUAAUAUAAUUCAUAGGGACCUUCACUUAGGGAAUAUUUUGUAUACCGACACUGAUAAAAAAAAGCUUAAUAUAUCUAUUAGUGAUUUUGGAUUUUGCAAACCAGCAUUUGAAACUUCAAACUUAAAAGAAAAGAACAAACUUUUUGGAGUAAUGCCGUAUAUGGCACCCGAAGUUUGGAAUGGAAAAGGAUAUACAAAAAAAUCUGACAUUUAUUCUUUUGGUAUUAUUAUUAAUGAAAUAAUUUCUGGUUGUAGACCAUAUCAUAAUAUACCACAUGAUUAUCGUCUUGCGAUUGAGAUUUGUCGUGGAUUACGUCCGGAAAUUAGAUCGGAAAUACCAGAAGCUUUGAAAAUUUUAAUCAAUAAAUGUUUGGAUGCAAUUCCGGAAAAUAGGCCAAAUACUUAUCAAAUUUAUACCAUGUUACAAGAUUUUAUGUAUACAAAAAAUGAUCGAGGUUCUUAUAAUUUCAAGAAACAUACCGAGCAAUAUGAGGAACUUAAAGAAUCAUCACAUAUCGCAACUAUAAUAAUAACGAAAGAUUCACCAUCAGGAACACGAGAAGAUGUUCCUCAAAUAAAAUAUAAGAGUAAACUCCUCGAUUUUGAUUUUCCAAAAUUACCAGCAUCUAUAAAUUCGGAUUCAUUUAUUAUAAAAUCAGAUGUAGAUUCAAAUUUUUUAACCGUUCCCAAAGGUCAUUCUACGUGUUCAGAUUGUAUUAUUGAAAAUAUUAAUAUUAUGUAUUAAAUAUAUACUUACAAUUUUAUUUGC